AUGAAACUUGGCCAAGGCUACAACACAUAUGUCCAACAAACAUGCGUAGAAGAUGCGGUCACUAUUACCCCUCAGGAACCUGGUGGCAGUGAAGGUGUAAAAAAGAGCUAUGAUGCGGUCCUGAUUGAAGAUUAUAACCAGCUCACGAGAUCUCUCCAGAUAUCUGGCUCUGCGGCUAUCAGUGGCUGGGGAGCAAGUUUAGAGAUAGACACCACCUUCCUGAAUCGUACCGAGUUUGAAACGAGCGAUAUCACCUAUCAAGUGUUGGUUCAGGGAAAAAAGCAGACAGACGCAUCUAGCAAGGUGGAAUUUAACUGGUAUGAGCCCAGCGAUGCGCACGAAAAGUAUGGGGACAGAUAUAUAGCCGACUUCAUUACUGGAGGUACCUUUUUUGCUAGGAUUUCAAUCAAGGCCGGAAAGAAGCAUAAGACUGAAGAGAUCAAAGCAUCAGCCAAACUUGCUUUCUCCUGCUUUAAGGUAGGAGCGUCAGUUACUACCGAAGUCGAGAGCGCCAUGAAAACGAUAAGUCAGCACAGCGGGACAAACAUUACUAUGCACAGUGAAGGAAGUAGGAAGCAUAUUAGGGGCACCCCGGAAAAUCUUCUAGCACUAAAACGGAAAGCGGAUGAUGCUCUGCUCGGCCAGUACGAGAAGUUACCAAACUUCAAGGAUCAGUUCAAGCCGAUGAACUACUCUUAUGCAACGCAGAAGAGUUGGGAAAUCUUCGAUACAUUCUCUAGAUAUGUAUUUUUCGAGGACAUGAUAGAAAAAGUCCCAAUCAAUAAGUUUGUAAACGGAGCCGAAACAAGGAGAGCCCUUCUCAAUUCCCGGAUAGAUGAAAUGGUUAAGAUACAGGCCAAAGUUCUGAGUGUAAAGGCAGACCCCACCACCGUGAACGAGCCCGGGGAGUUUCAGGAUGCGGAUAGUUUCCGUCUACGAAUUCUUGUAUAUAUAUUCCCCGUGCAAUGUUUGAAUUCUGCUACAUAUACUCGAUUCUCUUUGAAAGUAUUCGACUUUUCUGCUAUGUUGGGCACAACACUCAUCUCUUUUGGCCUUCUGUCGGGAUUUGAGGAAACCGGCCCCAUUCAAUUUUCUACUUCUGGAGAACACGUAUCCAAUUGA